AUUGUGUGAAUGAGGGGAAAAAAUUAAACUUUAACUUGCCCACUUACAUUUCUUUACAUUCAUAUAGUCUAGAGCCACCCUGCCAUCCACUGCUCUGUCCCCCAGCGGUGCCUCUCUGCCCUGCUGUUAAUCCCCGCAUUCUCCACCGCUAUCCCGGCCCUUUGUGCCUCGCCACACGCCGGACUGCUGACCGGGGCCCGAACAUACCGGAGCGCCUUUGUUUCAGGGAGGGCCGGCGCUCUAUAGGAUCUGCUGAGCUGGCCGGGGGGACGGGAUAACGCCAUACAGCGACCGUGCAGGAGCACCGGGAGCGCGCUUCGCCGCCAGUGUGACGAAUGGACCGAACUGGUCCCCCGUGCGCUCCGCCGACCCACGCCGUGAACGCGCCUGGGCAGGCGCGCUCCCCGUUCCGUCGGUAUAAAACUGAAGCGCCAGGUUCUCCCAAAGCUCUACGCGAGACAGGCGGUAGGCGCGUACCACUCCCGAGCUCUUCUAAUAAGUGCCAACCUAGGAGUAAAAAUGUACAGAACUACAAGGUCCCCAAUGAUCCAGCCACUGGUCAACUCGGGAAUGGGCAUGGCUCCUUUCUUCAAGGUGACCGUGUUUGAGCAGGAGCAUUUCCAGGGCAAGUGCCAGGAGUUCACCUCCGAGUGCUGCAACAUCCAGGAGUGUGGCCUUGACAACAUCCGCUCCAUCAGGGUGGAGAGUGGAGCCUGGGUGGGUUUCGAGCACCAUGACUUCCAGGGCCAGCAGUUCAUUCUGGAGAGGGGUGAGUACCCCCACUGGGACGCCUACAGCGGCUCCCUCUCCUACCAUGUGGAGCGCCUCAUGUCCCUGCGCCCCAUCUACUGUGCUUCCCAUCAGAGCAGUCGCAUGAUCAUUUUUGAGAGGGAGAACUUCAUGGGCCGCAGCGUGGAGCUGUGUGAUGACUACCCCUCUCUGCAGGCCAUGGGCUGGAUGAUGCCUGAGGUUGGCUCCAUGCACGUGCAGUGUGGCGCCUUCGUGUGCUACCAGUACCCUGGCUACAGGGGCCAGCAGUACAUCAUGGAGUGUGAGAGACACAGUGGAGACUACCAGCACUGGAGGAACUGGGGCUCCCACUGCCAGACCCCCCAGAUCCAGUCCAUCAGGCGCAUCCAGCACUGAGAGGAGGAAAGGAUGAGGCUGAGGCCGUGGUGAGAGCCACGGCCCACGGACAGCAACUCCCCUGGACUCCCCCUCCCAUCCCUCAUAGCCUCACCCUCUCUCUCUCUUUUCUCCUCUCUCUCCUUUCCUUCCCCCUGACCUGAGCAGCAACAGCCGCCCCGACCUGACUCCACUCCCACCACUACUGACCUACAGCCGCUCCGAAAGUGUGAUAAGAGACAAUAUCGCACUGUUAAAGCACAGGGAAAACACACAUGCUUCCACACACACACAAAUACAAGCUGACAUGACUUGACUGGCACUCUCAAGUGUCUUUUUACUUGGUUAGAAGCACCUACACACGCAUGCCUACACACACCUGCGCUGUACUCUCACCUAAGCAGGGCAGGGAAACAGCGCCGCCCCUCACUGUGCUGGAACUAAAAGCAGGGGAGAGGGGGCUCCAAAAUGGCGCAGUGUCCAAGGAAAGCCUCCUCGGUUGCACUUGGCUCUCUCCCAGCGCAGUAAGGCAGUGUGGCCGAGUCUGUGUUGUGGGUGCAGCUCAGAUGUGUUUUGUUGUUGUGUGUAGGGGUUUGAUCCACAGGUUGAUAACUAA